CAGACCCUACUUUGUGUGGUGGACGUCAAAUGGGGCUAUGAAGAAAAGAACAUCAUCUCAUAUUAAGUACAGACUUGUGACUCUUACCUCAACUACAUUUGCUCAAUAUCGCUCAUCUGAUGCUCACCAUGAUCACUUUGUUCCAAUCCAUUGAUAAAUUUCUUUGCUAUUAUUUCUGAUUUGUUUUCUGGAGAAGGAAUACGAGUUACCAAAAAAAUCAAAAGUGAAAAAAGGAAAACAAAAAAUUGCAAAAGUAGAGAAUGAACAAAAGAAAGAAGGAAAGAAAAUGGAGAUUGUGGUGUCAAUUGUUGGAAAAAUUGGAGAAUACUUGGUUCCUCCUUUCGGAGAACAUGUUGGCUAUCUGAUUUUCUAUAAGAAGAACAUCACGAAAGUAAAUGAGCAUUAUCAAAAGCUACAUUUAAAGAAGGAGGCCGUGCAACAAUCCGUUGAAGGAGCCAUUUGGAAUCAAGAAGUAAUCGCAAGUGAAGUUCAGACAUGGCAAACAAGUGUGGACAUAAGAAUUGAAGAGCUUCGGAAAUUCCUUGAAGAAGAUGUUAAGGCGGAUACGAUGUGCUUGAAUGGGUGGUGCCCAGACCUAAAGUUUCGUUACUCCUUAGGUAAGAAAGCUCAAAAGAAUACUCAAGCCAUGAUCCAGCUAUUACAGGAAGGUGAUAAAUAUGAUCAGGUGUUCAUUCGUGCUCCUCCAUUGGAAGUAGCAUCAACAUCCAAUGGACGCUUUAAGAAUUUUGAGUCAAGAAAGACAAAGAUUAACCAAGUUUUGGAGGCUCCAAGGGAUGACAAGAUGGACAUGAUUGCGAUAUGUGGUAUGGGAGGCAUCGGGAAGACAGAAAUGGCCAAAGAGAUAUCCAGAAGAGUAAAAGAUGAUCAUUUAUUUGAUAAAGUUGCAAUUGCAGUGGUGUCUAAAGAACCAAUCCUGGAAAAGAUUCAAGCCGCAAUUGCUGAGCACCUAGGCCCGAAUCUUAAUGAAGAGUCUUUAUCAGGAAGAGCAACUCAACUGCAUUCAAGACUGGUGAAGAGUAAGAAUGUCCUUAUAAUAUUGAAUGAUGUUUGGGAACCACUUGAUCUUGAGGCUAUUGGAAUUCAUCAUGGAGAUAAAGAUAAUAGUUGGAAAAUCUUGCGUACCCCAAGAAAUGAAGGCACUUGCAUUCAAAUGAAGACUCAGAAGAUUUUUCCAAUCGAACUCUUAUCUGAAGAAGAAGCAUGGAAUUUUUUUAGUGUGAUGGCAUGUGAUUCAUGUAUUGGUACCCCCAGUCUACAACUAAAAGCUAAAAUGGUUGGAGAGGAAUGUGGACGUUUACCUAUUGCUAUUGCAAUUGUUGGAAGUGCAAUGAAGGACAAUAGCAAUGAAGAUGAGUGGGAUGGAGCGCUUGAGCAGCUUAAAAAGUCUAUUUCACAUAAUAUCCCGGGUCUACAUGAAAAGGUCUAUGGCAACAUAGUGUUCAGUUACAGUCUUUUAAAAAGUGAAGAAGCCAAAUCAUGCUUUCUUCUAUGUUGUUUGUUUCCAGAAGAUUAUGAUAUACCUAUUGAGGAUUUAGUAAGAUACGGAGUUGGACGAAGGUUGUUUGCAAACAUUGAUACGAUAGCAGAAGCAAGGCGAAGAGUCCAUGCAAUUGUUCAAAAUCUUAAAAGGUCAAAUCUAUUGCUAGAUAGUGGGAAAAAAGAAUUCAUUAAAAUGCAUGAUGUACGAGAUGUUGCCAUAUCGAUUGCAUCCAGAGAUGAACAUGGUUUUAUGGUCAGAUGUGAUGUUGGACUUGAAGAAUGACCAUAGAAUGAUACAUAUGAAGACUUUGCCGUAAUUUCUCUUAUGCUUGGAACAACAACAAAACAUCCUGAAGGGUUGAACUGUUCUGGACUUCAGCUUCUACGACUGUCAUCUUCCUCUUUUCCACUCCCACUUAAUAUGUUUGAUGGAAUGAAGGAACUAAGAGUGUUGUCUUUGGAAAG